AACGGAACCUGUUGUAUGUUGAGGGUCGUACUCUUGAUCUCACUAGAAAAAGGAGCUCUUGUUCCAUUAAUGAGAACAUGAAGGAGGGCAAGAAAUCUGCAAAACAUUUGGCUUCUUGCAUAAGCAGGUAAGAGCUACUUUUGUUCAUCUGGAGGCACCUUGAGCACUUUUGGUCUUGUUUCUUAGAACUAAGUUUUGAAAGCAUCAUUGAAGUGCUUAGCAAAAGAGCUGAUGCAGAGUUCUCCACCCCAUCCCCAGCUGCCCAUCUCCAUUGAGAAUAAUGAUAUAUUAAAGGUAGUUUGCUCAGUGUUUCAAUGUUUUCUGGUAAACUUUGGACCUACCAUGCUGAAUACAGCCCACUGGACCCUUGUGACCUGUCAGAUGUUGAAGGCGGGGUGCUUUAAGUAGACAUACACCUCACUGGCCACUUUGUGACAAGUGAGCUACAUCCAGUUUAAUAAGUCACAAGUUGUGUAUACCUAUGUUUAUGCAAUAUGCCUUGCAGAUGUUCAUUCAGUGAGAGUAGUUGUGAUAUCAGAAUACUGUAGUCAUGAUUAUUAUGCAUCAGUUUCCUUUGCUCCCUCAAAUCUGUAUGCACCAGGAGAGCUUGGAGACAUAGAUUUAAAGAUGUCCAGUAGCUCAGAGAACAGUGCCUCAAAUGGGUCUAAACAAACAGGUUGAUUGUGUUCCUCAUGUUAUCUAAGGGCAGACCUGUGUUAUGUGGGAACAAUAUUCAGUACAUAAAAGUAUUUGAAAGUAGAUUCCAGACGAUGUUCCAGAAGAGAAAGUCAUACUGCAGAAAAGUACAACAUUGUGUGUGCACACUAUACAUGCUAUAUGGUAAGAUGGUAACGGAACUGUCUUGUUACUGCAGAACAACAGUUGGACAAACUGUGGCCUGCCCCCAUCCUGUAUUCAAAGUAGUAUCUUGCAGAAGAAAAGUUCACUAUUAUUCUCCAAAGCCUUGUUUCAGAAAGAAACAGUUCCCUAAAGUCAAGGGCCGUGACAUGGCAAAUAAGGAAAAUGAACUAGCAUGUGCAGGUAAUCUGCCAGCAAAACUGCCUGCUGAUGGUCGUACAUUCUUACUGAACUCCAGCGACUCUUCUUGCUCUCAAACAGAGAGUCCUUCAUCAAAAUUCAGUGGUUUUUUUUCAGAGGUUUCCGAAGAUCAUGAUACAAUGGCACAAGUUCUCUUCAGUAGAAAUCUCCGACUGAAUGUAGCUUUAACCUUCUGGAGAAGAAGAAGUAUAAGUGAGCUCGUAGCCUAUUUAGUGAGGAUACAAGAUCUAGGUGUAGCAGUGGACUGCCUUCCUGUGCUAACCAGCAGCUUACAGGAAGAAAAAACAUAUAUUUCUGUUGGCUGCUGUGUAGACCUUCUCCCAUUAGUAAAAUCAAUGCUCAAAAGCAAGUUUGAAGAAUACGUGAUAGUUGGUUUAAAUUGGCUGCAGGCUGUGAUUAAGAGAUGGUGGUCAGAGCUUUCUGCACAUACAGAAAAGAUAGAGGAUGGUAAUAUUCAGAUUUUAAAGGAACAAUUGUAUGGAUUGUGGAAACAAGAAAAUCAUCUUACAUUGGUUCCAGGAUAUACGGGUAAUAUAGCAAAGGAUGUUGAUGCUUACUUAUUACAGCUGCAAUGAUCUUCCUGGAGGACAACGUGUGUGCACACAUGCUAUUAUGCAUUAGCUAAGAAAACCUUUCAAGUAAAGCUGAACUGUAAUUCCAAAAGGACUUCUCUUCCAAGAACUGUCUUUAACAGAAGAGGACUAUUCAGUGCAACCACUAAAAUCCAUCUGCUUCACAUUGAAGUGGAAAAAAUCUAAUAGGAGCAACUUUUACUUCAGUGAGGUGAAAGAGCACUAUGAAAACUGUAUGUAUGCCUUUGCUGCAUUUGGGGAUUUGUUCAGUUUCCAGGUGUACUUGUGAAAGUCUUUCUACUACAGAAUUGUAUAAAGCAGCAAAACCUAAUUGUGAAAACAGAACUGUAGAACUAGUUACUAGGAACCACAAGACCAAUCGCCAUGAAUAUUUUUUAAAACUUUACUAUCCAUAUGAACUGUAAUAAUGUGUAUAUUUCAAGAUAUGUUAAUUUUGGAGUUUUGCUGUACUGAAAUUCUGAACUGUGUGUCUGCUACAUUAAUCAAGAUAUUAAAGACUAUUUUUGUUGCACUACUGAGAAAUUGUAUAUAGCAAGAGGCCUUAACUAUUCUAGUAUUGCAAAUAGCCAAUAUAUUAUCAUAUAGCCAAUAUAUUAAGAUACCAUAUAGGGGGGUGGAAACUCUUUAUUUAAAAAUCAGGGUGUUACACUAAUUGUGUACAACUCAUUUUGAAACAUUUUGCACACUUAAAUAUGUUUAAGUGGAGGUUCCCACCAACUGACUACUUAAAUAACUGUAUGACUUAAUUGUAAGAGUAUUAAAAUUUAGGCAUGGAGGAAAGUUGACAGAAUAGCAGCAGAGUAGUGAAUCUGUACACCUAGCAUUUUUAAUAAUUAAAUUUUCUAAUAUGUAUUAAGUUACAUGCAUUUGAGUAAAUAUACUAAAUGUUACUGCUGUUUUAAUUAAGUUCAGAUGAGUACUUGGAUAUUUCACCCCAUUCAGAACAACUUCUGCUGUACUUCAAAUAUUUAUAACGUCUGCUCCUUAGAAGUGUUUACAGGCAGGGCAGGCCAGCGCUUUUCAGAAUUAACAAUGCAUCUGCUACCUCCUCUAACAAAUGUUGCUGCAGCUCUUGCAAUGUAGUUGCCAUAUUCCUAACUUAACAUUUAAACUUCACUGGAUCAUGAAAGCAGUACAUCCAGUGCAAAAGUUUACAGCUGUACUUUGUUUUAUUAAUUUGUGACAUUUUCGUUCAACCUGCUGUGACUUAUCAGCUAUACUAAAAAUAAAACAGAGCUUGAUGGGUUUGUGGGAUGGCACCUGUGUUUUGUGUAAGUAGUAAAUAUGUUUGUCCAAAUAAAAUUCUAUGAAGUGCCAGCUGUGCACAAAAAACUGAAA